AUUUUUAACUCUCGUUAAUAUUGAGAGGGCGAAAAAAAGAAAAGGCAGAGAGUUCUUGGAGACUCGAGCUUCAAUUUUCUUUUUGAAUCAAGGCAUGAGAUCAUAAAGAAUUAUGGCCUCCAAGUGUUCGAUAAAAUGUCGAAUAGGCAAAACCAGUACAACAGUCUUCUCUCCCUGCUCCACAAGCACAGUCGUCGCCGCCGCGGCAUUCAGCAAAUCCACUGCCACCUUCUCCUCACAAAGCCGCUCGUCAACAGCAUAAUUAGCCUUCUUGUUCUUUGGAACUCCAUAAUCAAGCACUACGCACUCACUAGAUUCCCACAAGAUGCUCUCUCUCUCUUCAAACAUCUCCGCAAUCAAAGGAGCCCCUUUCCCUUCGAUAGUAUCACCUACUCCUAUCUCAUCAAAGCAUGCGCGAAUAUGAAGAGAACAGAUGUUGGGAGCCAGCUCCAAUCCCUGAGCACUAAAGCAGGGUUUGAUAGCAACGUCCAUGUGCAGACCGCGUUGGUGAACAUGUAUGCUGAUUCUAGGUAUUUGGUUGAGGCAAAGAAGGUGUUCGAUGGAAUGCCUGACAGGAAUAUGGUGACUUGGAAUGUUUUGCUGACCGGGUUUGUUAAAUGGGGUGAGAUUGCAGCUGCAAGGGCUAUUUUUGACGCCAUGCCAGAGAAGAAUGUGGUUUCGUGGACCGGGCUCAUCGACGGGUACACCCGCGCGAACCGGUUUCACGAGGCCUUACAUUUGUUUCGGAUGAUGGUUGCGCACGAAGGGAUCCAACCCACGGAGGUGACUCUCCUCGCGGUUUUCCCAUCCAUAUGGAACGUAGGGUCGCUCGAGUUUUGCCAGAUGAUUCAUGGCUACGGAGAGAAAAGUGGACUAAAUGUGUUGGAUGUUCGGGUUGUGAAUUGCCUGAUCGAUGCAUACUCGAGGAGCGGUAGCAUAGGAAGCGCGUGGCGGAUAUUCGAGGAAGUUGAUGAUGAGAGGAAGAAUUUGGUUUCUUGGACUUCAAUGAUAUCUGCCUUUGCAAUGCAUGGAAUGGCUGGAGAAGCUUCUGAUUGCUACGAGAAGAUGGAGAGCAAGGGUGUCGUGCCUAACUCGAUCACGUUUCUUAGCGUGAUGAGCGGUUGCAGUCAUGGCGGAUUGGUGGCCGAGGGGCUUGAGUACUACAGGAAAAUGGUCGAUGAUUAUGGGAUUAUACCCGAAAUCAAGCAUUACGGAGCUUUGAUCGACAUGUUGGGGAGGGCGGGGAGAUUGGAGGAAGCGGAGAAGAUAGCCCUAGGCGUCGCCAUGGAUGAGACGGGUAGAGUUGGGGUGUGGAGGACGCUUUUGGGUGCGUGCAGCUUCCAUGGCGACGUUGAGAUGGGGGAGAGAGUGGCGAGGAGGAUAAUGGAGAUCGAGAGGAGAUACGGCGGCGAUUAUGUGCUUAUGUCAAACAUCUUCUCUGCAGCAGGUAGGUUUGGAGAUUCUGAGAGAGUUAGGAAGAUGAUGGAUGCUAGAAAUGCCUCAAAACUUGCUGGGAUUACUCUCUCCACUUGCAGACAUUUUUGAUGGUUGGGAGAAUCUCUCAUUUCUCAGUACACAAAAUCUAAUCAUUGUAUUAUAAAUUUACAAUGUAGUACUGCUGUAUUUGUUAAAAAAUACUAGGAAGUUUUGGCAUAAUCAAAAAGAGUAAAAUUGAUGGGAUCUAAAUCCUCAUGUGUUUUUA